AUGCUCUCAUUCCCUCUAACCCACUCUCAUACGCUCUCAUUCCCUCUCACCCACUCUCAAACGCUCUCAUUCCCUCUCACCCACUCUCAUACGCUCUCAUUCCCUCUCACCCACUCUCAUACGCUUUCAUUCCCUCUCACCCACUCUCAUACCCUCUCAUUCCCUCUCACCCACUCUCAUACGCUCUCAUUCCCUCUCACCCACUCUCAUACGCUCUCAAUCCAUCUCACCCACUCUCUCACGCUCUCAUUCCUUCUCACCCACUCUCAUACGCUCUCAUGCCCUCUCACCCACUCUCAUACGCUCUCAUUCCCUCUCACCCACUCUCAUACGCUCUCAUUCCCUCUCAACCACUCUCAUACGCUCUCAUUCCGUCUCACCCACUCUCAUACUCUCUCAUUCCCUCUCACCCACUCUCAUACGCUCUCAUUCCCUCUCACCCACUCUCAUACGCUCUCAUUCCCUCUCGCCCACUCUCAUACGCUCUCAUUCCCUCUCACCCACUCUCAUACGCUCUCAUUCCCUCUCACCCACUCUCAUACGCUCUCAUUCCCUCUCACCCACUCUCAUAGGCUCUUAAUCCCUGUCACCCACCCUCAUAUGCUCUCAUUCCCUCUAACCCACUCUCAUAGGCUCUCAUUCCCUCUCACCCACUCUCAAACGCUCUCAUUCCCUCUCACCCACUCUCAUACGCUCUCAUUCCCUCUCACCCACUCUCAUACGCUCUCAUUCCCUCUCACCCACUCUCAUACGCUCUCAUUCCCUCUCACCCACUCUCAUACGCUCUCAUUCCCUCUCACCCACUCUCAUACCCUCUCAUUCCCUCUCACCCACUCUCAUACGCUCUUAUUCCCUCUCACCCACUCUCAUACGCUCUCAUUCCAUCUCACCCACUCUCUCACGCUCUCAUUCCCUCUCACCCACUCUCAUACGCUCUCAUGCCCUCUCAUCCACUCUCAUACGCUCUCAUUCCCUCUCACCCACUCUCAUACGCUCUCAUUCCCUCUCACCCACUCUCAUACGCUCUCAUUCCAUCUCACCCACUCUCUCACGCUCUCAUUCCUUCUCACCCACUCUCAUACGCUCUCAUGCCCUCUCACCCACUCUCAUACGCUCUCAUUCCCUCUCACCCACUCUCUCACGCUCUCAUUCCCUCUCACCCACUCUCAUACGCUCUCAUUCCCUCUAACCCACUCUCAUACGCUCUCAUUCCCUCUCACCCACUCUCAUACGCUCUCAUUCCCUCUCAACCACUCUCAUACGCUCUCAUUCCCUCUCACCCACUCUCAUACUCUCUCAUUCCCUCUCACCCACACUCAUACGCUCUCAUUUCCUCUCACCCACUCGCAUACUCUCUCACUCCCUCUCACCCACUCUCAUACGCUCUCAUUCCCUCUCACCCACUCUCAUACGCUCUCAUUCCUUCUCACCCACUCUCAUACGCUCGCAUUCCCUCUCACCCACUCUCAUACGCUCUCAUUUCCUCUCACCCUCUCUCUCACGCUCUCAUUCCCUCUCACCCACUCUCAUACGCUCUCCGUCCCUCUCACCCACUCUCAUACCCUCUCAUUCCCUCUCACCCACACUCAUACGCUCUCAUUCCCUCUCACCCACUCUCAUACGCUCUCAUUCCCUCCCACCCACUCUCAUACGCUCUCAUUCCCUCUCACCCACUCUCAUACGCUCUCAUUUCCUCUCACCCACUCUCUCACGCUCUCAUUCCCAAUCACCCACUCUCAUACGCUCUCCGUCCCUCUCACCCACUCUCAUACGCUCUCAUUCCCUCUCACCCACACUCAUACGCUCUCAUUCCCUCUCACCCACACUCAUACGCUCUCAUUCCCUCUCACCCACUCUCUCACGCUCUUAUUCCCUCUCACCCACUCUCUCACGCUCCCAUUCCCUCUCACCCACUGUCAUACCCUCUCAUUCCCUCUCACCCACUCUCUUACGCUCUCAUUCCCUCUCACCCACUCUCAUACACUCUCAUUCCCUCUAACCCACUCUCAUACGCUCUCAUUCCCUCUCAACCACUCUCAUACGCUCUCAUUCCCUCUCGCCCACUCUCAUACGCUCUCAUUCCCUCUCUCCCACUCUCAUACGCUCUCAUUCCCUCUCACCCACUCUCAUACGCUCUCAUUCCCUCUCUCCCACUCUCAUACGCUCUCAUUCCCUCCCACCCACACUCAUACGCUCUCAUUCCCUCUCACCCACUCUCAUACCCUCUCAUUCCCUCUCACCCACUCUCUUACGCUCUCAUUCCCUCUCACCCACUCUCAUAUGCUCUCAUUCCCUCCCACCCACACUCAUACGCUCUCAUUCCCUCCCACCCACUCUCAUACCCUCUCAUUCCCUCUCACCCACUCUUUUACGCUCUCAUUCCCUCUCACCCACUCUCAUACACUCUCAUUCCCUCUAACCCACUCUCAUACGCUCUCAUUCCCUCUCACCCACUCUCAUACGCUCUCAUUCCCUCUCGCCCACUCUCAUACGCUCUCAUUCCCUCUCACCCACUCUCAUACGCUCUCAUUCCCUCUCACCCACUCUCAUACGCUCUCAUUCCCUCUCACCCACUCUCAUACGCUCUCAUUCCCUCCCACCCACACUCAUACGCUCUCAUUCCCUCUCACCCACUCUCAUACCCUCUCAUUCCCUCUCACCCACUCUCUUACGCUCUCAUUCCCUCUCACCCAGUCUCAUAUGCUCUCAUUCCCUCUAACCCACUCUCAUACGCUCUCAUUCCCUCUCACCCACUCUCAUACGCUCUCAUUCCCUCUCGCCCACUCUCAUACGCUCUCAUUCCCUCUCACCCACUCUCAUACGCUCUCAUUCCCUCUCACCCACUCUCAUACGCUCUCAUUCCCUCUCACCCACUCUCUCACGCUCUCAUUCCCUCUCACCCACUCUCAUACGCUCUCCGUCCCUCUCACCCACUCUCAUACCCUCUCAUUCCCUCUCACCCACACUCAUACGCUCUCAUUCCCUCUCACCCACUCUCAUACGCUCUCAUUCCCUCUCACCCACUCUCAUACGCUCUCAUUCCCUCCCACCCACUCUCAUACGCUCUCAUUCCCUCUCACCCACUCUCAUACGCUCUCAUUUCCUCUCACCCACUCUCUCACGCUCUCAUUCCCUAUCACCCACUCUCAUACGCUAUCCGUCCCUCUCACCCACUCUCAUACCCUCUCAUUCCCUCUCACCCACACUCAUACGCUCUCAUUCCCUCUCACCCACACUCAUACGCUCUCAUUCCCUCUCACCCACUCUCAUACGCUCUCAUUCCCUCUCACCCACUCUCAUACGCUCUCAUUCCCUCUCACCCACUCUCUCACGCUCUCAUUCCCUCUCACCCACUCUCUCACGCUCUCAUUCCCUCUCACCCACUCUCAUACGCUCUCCGUCCCUCUCACCCACUCUCAUACCCUCUCAUUCCCUCUCACCCACACUCAUACGCUCUCAUUCCCUCUCACCCACUCUCAUACCCUCUCAUUCCCUCUCACCCACUCUCAUACGCUCUCAUUCCCUCUCACCCACUCUGAAACGCUCUCAUUCCCUCUCACCCACUCUCUCACGCUCUCAUUCCUUCUCACCCACUCUCAUACGCUCUCAUUCCCUCUCACCCACUCUCAUACGCUCUCAUUCCCUCUCACCCACUCUCAUACGCUCUCAUUCCCUCCCACCCACACUCAGACGCUCUCAUUCCCUCUCACCCACUCUCUCACGCUCUCAUUCCCUCUCACCCACUCUCAUACGCUCUCAUUCCCUCUCACCCACUCUCAUACUCUCUCAUUCCCUCUCACCCACACUCAUACGCUCUCAUUCCCUCUCACCCACUCUCAUACGCUCUCAUUUCCUCUCACCCACUCUCUCACGCUCUCAUUCCCUCUCACCCACUCUCAUACGCUCUCCGUCCCUCUCACCCACUCUCAUACCCUCUCAUUCCCUCUCACCCACACUCAUACGCUCUCGUUCCCUCUCACCCACACUCAUACGCUCUCAUUCCCUCUCACCCACUCUCAAACGCUCUCAUUCCCUCUCACCCACUCUCAUACGCUCUCAUUCCCUCUCACCCACUCUCAUACGCUCUCAUUCCUUCUCACCCACUCUCAUACGCUCUCAUUCCCUCUCACCCACUCUCAUACGCUCUCAUUACCUCUCACCCACUCUCAUACGCUCUCAUUCCCUCCCACCCACACUCAUACGCUCUCAUUCCCUCUCACCCACUCUCAUACCCUCUCAUUCCCUCUCACCCACUCUCAUACGCUCUCAUUCCCUCUCACCCACUCUGAAACGCUCUCAUUCCCUCUCACCCACUCUCUCACGCUCUCAUUCCUUCUCACCCACUCUCAUACGCUCUCAUUCCCUCUCACCCACUCUCAUACUCUCUCAUUCCCUCUCACCCACUCUCAUACGCUCUCAUUCCCUCUCACCCACUCUCAUACGCUCUCAUUUCCUCUCACCCACUCUCUCACGCUCUCAUUCCCUCUCACCCACUCUCAUACGCUAUCCGUCCCUCUCACCCACUCUCAUACCCUCUCAUUCCCUCUCACCCACACUCAUACGCUCUCGUUCCCUCUCACCCACACUCAUACGCUCUCAUUCCCUCUCACCCACUCUCUCAUGCUCUCAUUCCCUCUCACCCACUCUCUCACGCUCUCAUUCCCUCUCACCCACUGUCAUACACUCUCAUUCCCUCUCACCCACUCUCUUACGCUCUCAUUCCCUCUCAUCCACUCUCAUACGCUCUCAUUCCGUCCCACCCACACUCAUACACUCUCAUUCCCUCUCACCCACUCUCAUACCCUCUCAUUCCCUCUCACCCACUCUCUUACGCUCUUAUUCCCUCUCACUCAGUCUCAUGCACUCUCAUUCCCUCUGACCCACUCUCAUACGCUCUCAUUCCCUCUCACCCACACUCAUACGCUCUCAUUCCCUCUCGCCCACUCUCAUACGCUCUCAUUCCCUCUCACCCACUCUCAUACGCUCUCAUUCCCUCUCACCCACUCUCAUACGCUCUCAUUCCCUCUCACCCACUCUCAUAGGCUCUUAAUCCCUGCUCUUAAUCCCUGUCACCCAUCCUCAUAUGCUCUCAUUCCCUCUAACCCACUCUCAUACGCUCUCAUUCCCUCUCACCCACUCUCAAACGCUCUCAUUCCCUCUCACCCACUCUCAUACGCUCUCAUUCCCUCUCACCCACUCUCAUACGCUCUCAUUCCCUCUCACCCACUCUCAUACGCUCUCAUUCCCUCUCACCCACUCUCAUACGCUCUCAUUCCCUCUCACCCACUCUCAUACCCUCUCAUUCCCUCUCACCCACUCUCAUACGCUCUCAUUCCCUCUCACCCACUCUCAUACGCUCUCAUUCCAUCUCACCCACUCUCUCACGCUCUCAUUCCCUCUCACCCACUCUCAUACGCUCUCAUGCCCUCUCACCCACUCUCAUACGCUCUCAUUCCCUCUCACCCACUCUCAUACGCUCUCAUUCCCUCUCACCCACUCUCAUACGCUCUCAUUCCAUCUCACCCACUCUCUCACGCUCUCAUUCCUUCUCACCCACUCUCAUACGCUCUCAUGCCCUCUCACCCACUCUCAUACGCUCUCAUUCCCUCUCACCCACUCUCUCACGCUCUCAUUCCCUCUCACCCACUCUCAUACGCUCUCAUUCCCUCUAACCCACUCUCAUACGCUCUCAUUCCCUCUCACCCACUCUCAUACGCUCUCAUUCCCUCUCAACCACUCUCAUACGCUCUCAUUCCCUCUCACCCACUCUCAUACUCUCUCAUUCCCUCUCACCCACACUCAUACGCUCUCAUUCCCUCUCACCCACUCGCAUACUCUCUCAUUCCCUCUCACCCACUCUCAUACGCUCUCAUUCCUUCUCACCCACUCUCAUACGCUCGCAUUCCCUCUCACCCACUCUCAUACGCUCUCAUUUCCUCUCACCCUCUCUCUCACGCUCUCAUUCCCUCUCACCCACUCUCAUACGCUCUCCGUCCCUCUCACCCACUCUCAUACCCUCUCAUUCCCUCUCACCCACACUCAUACGCUCUCAUUCCCUCUCACCCACUCUCAUACGCUCUCAUUCCCUCCCACCCACUCUCAUACGCUCUCAUUCCCUCUCACCCACUCUCAUACGCUCUCAUUUCCUCUCACCCACUCUCUCACGCUCUCAUUCCCAAUCACCCACUCUCAUACGCUCUCCGUCCCUCUCACCCACUCUCAUACCCUCUCAUUCCCUCUCACCCACACUCAUACGCUCUCAUUCCCUCUCACCCACUCUCUCACGCUCUUAUUCCCUCUCACCCACUCUCUCACGCUCCCAUUCCCUCUCACCCACUGUCAUACCCUCUCAUUCCCUCUCACCCACUCUCUUACGCUCUCAUUCCCUCUCACCCACUCUCAUACACUCUCAUUCCCUCUAACCCACUCACAUACGCUCUCAUUCCCUCUCAACCACUCUCAUACGCUCUCAUUCCCUCUCGCCCACUCUCAUACGCUCUCAUUCCCUCUCUCCCACUCUCAUACGCUCUCAUUCCCUCUCACCCACUCUCAUACGCUCUCAUUCCCUCUCUCCCACUCUCAUACGCUCUCAUUCCCUCCCACCCACACUCAUACGCUCUCAUUCCCUCUCACCCACUCUCAUACCCUCUCAUUCCCUCUCACCCACUCUCUUACGCUCUCAUUCCCUCUCACCCACUCUCAUAUGCUCUCAUUCCCUCCCACCCACACUCAUACGCUCUCAUUCCCUCCCACCCACUCUCAUACCCUCUCAUUCCCUCUCACCCACUCUUUUACGCUCUCAUUCCCUCUCACCCACUCUCAUACACUCUCAUUCCCUCUAACCCACUCUCAUACGCUCUCAUUCCCUCUCACCCACUCUCAUACGCUCUCAUUCCCUCUCGCCCACUCUCAUACGCUCUCAUUCCCUCUCACCCACUCUCAUACGCUCUCAUUCCCUCUCACCCACUCUCAUACGCUCUCAUUCCCUCUCACCCACUCUCAUACGCUCUCAUUCCCUCCCACCCACACUCAUACGCUCUCAUUCCCUCUCACCCACUCUCAUACCCUCUCAUUCCCUCUCACCCACUCUCUUACGCUCUCAUUCCCUCUCACCCAGUCUCAUAUGCUCUCAUUCCCUCUAACCCACUCUCAUACGCUCUCAUUCCCUCUCACCCACUCUCAUACGCUCUCAUUCCCUCUCGCCCACUCUCAUACGCUCUCAUUCCCUCUCACCCACUCUCAUACGCUCUCAUUCCCUCUCACCCACUCUCUCACGCUCUCAUUCCCUCUCACCCACUCUCAUACGCUCUCCGUCCCUCUCACCCACUCUCAUACCCUCUCAUUCCCUCUCACCCACACUCAUACGCUCUCAUUCCCUCUCACCCACUCUCAUACGCUCUCAUUCCCUCUCACCCACUCUCAUACGCUCUCAUUCCCUCCCACCCACUCUCAUACGCUCUCAUUCCCUCUCACCCACUCUCAUACGCUCUCAUUUCCUCUCACCCACUCUCUCACGCUCUCAUUCCCUAUCACCCACUCUCAUACGCUAUCCGUCCCUCUCACCCACUCUCAUACCCUCUCAUUCCCUCUCACCCACACUCAUACGCUCUCAUUCCCUCUCACCCACACUCAUACGCUCUCAUUCCCUCUCACCCACUCUCAUACGCUCUCAUUCCCUCUCACCCACUCUCAUACGCUCUCAUUCCCUCUCACCCACUCUCUCACGCUCUCAUUCCCUCUCACCCACUCUCUCACGCUCUCAUUCCCUCUCACCCACUCUCAUACGCUCUCCGUCCCUCUCACCCACUCUCAUACCCUCUCAUUCCCUCUCACCCACACUCAUACGCUCUCAUUCCCUCUCACCCACUCUCAUACGCUCUCAUUCCCUCUCACCCACUCUCAUACGCUCUCAUUCCCUCCCACCCACUCUCAUACGCUCUCAUUUCCUCUCACCCACACUCAUACGCUCUCAUUCCCUCUCACCCACACUCAUACGCUCUCAUUCCCUCUCACCCACUCUCUCACGCUCUUAUUCCCUCUCACCCACUCUCUUACGCUCCCAUUCCCUCUCACCCACUGUCAUACCCUCUCAUUCCCUCUCACCCACUCUCUUACGCUCUCAUUCCCUCUCACCCACUCUCAUACACUCUCAUUCCCUCUAACCCACUCUCAUACGCUCUCAUUCCCUCUCAACCACUCUCAUACGCUCUCAUUCCCUCUCGCCCACUCUCAUACGCUCUCAUUCCCUCUCACCCACUCUCAUACGCUCUCAUUCCCUCUCACCCACUCUCAUACGAUCUCAUUCCCUCUCUCCCACUCUCAUACGCUCUCAUUCCCUCUCACCCACACUCAUACUCUCUCAUUCCCUCUCACCCACUCUCAUACCCUCUCAUUCCCUCUCACCCACUCUCUUACGCUCUCAUUCCCUCUCACCCACUCUCAUAUGCUCUCAUUCCCUCUAACCCACUCUCAUACGCUCUCAUUCCCUCUCACCCACUCUCAUACGCUCUCAUUCCCUCUCGCCCACUCUCAUACGCUCUCAUUCCCUCUCACCCACUCUCAUACGCUCUCAUUCCCUCUCACCCACUCUCAUACGCUCUCAUUCCCUCUCACCCACUCUCAUCCGCUCUCAUUUCCUCUCACCCAUUCUCUCACGCUCUCAUUCCCUCUCACCCAAUCUCAUACGCUCUCUGUCCCUCUCACCCACUCUCAUACCCUCUCAUUCCCUCUCACCCACACUCAUACGCUCUCAUUCCCUCUCACCUACUCUCAUACGCUCUCAUUCCCUCUCACCCACUCUCAUACGCUCUCAUUCCCUCCCACCCAAUCUCAUACGCUCUCAUUCCCUCUCUCCCACUCUCAUACGCUCUCAUUCCCUCCCACCCACACUCAUACGCUCUCAUUCCCUCUCACCCACUCUCAUACCCUCUCAUUCCCUCUCACCCACUCUCUUACGCUCUCAUUCCCUCCCACCCACACUCAUACGCUCUCAUUCCCUCUCACCCACUCUCAUACCCUCUCAUUCCCUCUCACCCACUCUCAUACGCUCUCAUUCCCUCCCACCCAAUCUCAUACGCUCUCAUUCCCUCUCUCCCACUCUCAUACGCUCUCAUUCCCUCCCACCCACACUCAUACGCUCUCAUUCCCUCUCACCCACUCUCAUACCCUCUCAUUCCCUCUCACCCACUCUCUUACGCUCUCAUUCCCUCUCACCCACUCUCAUCCGCUCUCAUUUCCUCUCACCCACUCUCUCACGCUCUCAUUCCCUCUCACCCACUCUCAUACGCUCUCUGUCCCUCUCACCCACUCUCAUACCCUCUCAUUCCCUCUCACCCACACUCAUACGCUCUCAUUCCCUCUCACCUACUCUCAUACGCUCUCAUUCCCUUUCACCCACUCUCAUACGCUCUCAUUCCCUCCCACCCAAUCUCAUAUGCUCUCAUUCCCUCUAACCCACUCUCAUACGCUCUCAUUCCCUCUCACCCACUCUCAUACGCUCUCAUUCCCUCUCGCCCACUCUCAUACGCUCUCAUUCCCUCUCACCCACUCUCAUACGCUCUCAUUCCCUUUCACCCACUCUCAUACGCUCUCAUUCCCUCUCACCCACUCUCAUCCGCUCUCAUUUCCUCUCACCCACUCUCUCACGCUCUCAUUCCCUCUCACCCACUCUCAUACGCUCUCUGUCCCUCUCAACCACUCUCAUACCCUCUCAUUCCCUCUCACCCACUCUCAUACGCUCUCAUUCCCUCUCACCUACUCUCAUACGCUCUCAUUCCCUCUCACCCACUCUCAUACGCUCUCAUUCCCUCCCACCCAAUCUCAUACGCUCUCAUUCCCUCUCUCCCACUCUCAUACGCUCUCAUUCCCUCCCACCCACACUCAUACGCUCUCAUUCCCUCUCACCCACUCUCAUACCCUCUCAUUCCCUCUCACCCACUCUCUUACGCUCUCAUUCCCUCCCACCCACACUCAUACGCUCUCAUUCCCUCUCACCCACUCUCAUACCCUCUCAUUCCCUCUCACCCACUCUCAUACGCUCUCAUUCCCUCCCACCCAAUCUCAUACGCUCUCAUUCCCUCUCUCCCACUCUCAUACGCUCUCAUUCCCUCCCACCCACACUCAUACGCUCUCAUUCCCUCUCACCCACUCUCAUACCCUCUCAUUCCCUCUCACCCACUCUCUUACGCUCUCAUUCCCUCUCACCCACUCUCAUCCGCUCUCAUUUCCUCUCACCCACUCUCUCACGCUCUCAUUCCCUCUCACCCACUCUCAUACGCUCUCUGUCCCUCUCACCCACUCUCAUACCCUCUCAUUCCCUCUCACCCACACUCAUACGCUCUCAUUCCCUCUCACCUACUCUCAUACGCUCUCAUUCCCUCUCACCCACUCUCAUACGCUCUCAUUCCCUCCCACCCAAUCUCAUAUGCUCUCAUUCCCUCUAACCCACUCUCAUACGCUCUCAUUCCCUCCCACCCACUCUCAUACGCUCUCAUUCCCUCUCGCCCACUCUCAUACGCUCUCAUUCCCUCUCACCCACUCUCAUACGCUCUCAUUCCCUCUCACCCACUCUCAUACGCUCUCAUUCCCUCUCACCCACUCUCAUCCGCUCUCAUUUCCUCUCACCCACUCUCUCACGCUCUCAUUCCCUCUCACCCACUCUCAUACGCUCUCUGUCCCUCUCACCCACUCUCAUACGCUCUCAUUCCCUCCCACCCACACUCAUACGCUCUCAUUCCCUCUCACCCACUCUCAUACCCUCUCAUUCCCUCUCACCCACUCUCUUACGCUCUCAUUCCCUCUCACCCACUCUCAUAUGCUCUCAUUCCCUCUAACCCACUCUCAUACGCUCUCAUUCCCUCUCACCCACUCUCAUACGCUCUCAUUCCCCCUCGCCCACUCUCAUACGCUCUCAUUCCCUCUCACCCUCUCUCAUACGCUCUCAUUCCCUCUCACCCACUCUCAUACGCUCUCAUUCCCUCUCACCCACUCUCAUACGCUCUCAUUUCCUCUCACCCACUCUCUCACGCUCUCAUUCCCUCUCACCCACUCUCAUACGCUCUCCGUCCCUCUCACCCACUCUCAUACACUCUCAUUUCCUCUCACCCACACUCAUACGCUCUCAUUCCCUCUCACCUACUCUCAUACGCUCUCAUUCCCUCUCACCCACUCUCAUACGCUCUCAUUCCCUCCCACCCAAUCUCAUACGCUCUCAUUCCCUCUCACCCACUCUCAUACGCUCUCAUUCCCUCACACCCACUCUCAUACACUCUCAUUCCCUCUCACCCACACUCAUACGCUCUUAUUCCCUCUCACCCACUCUCAUACGCUCUCAUUCCCUCCCACCCACACUCAGACGCUCUCAUUCCCUCUCAACCACUCUCAUACCCUCUCAUUCCCUCUCACCCACUCUCAUACCCUCUCAUUCCCUCUCACCCACACUCAUACGCUCUCAUUCCCUCUCACCCACACUCAUACGCUCUCAUUCCCUCUCACCCACUCUCAUACCCUCUCAUUCCCUCUCACCCACUCUUUUUGUUGUCCCACUCUCAUACGCUCUCAUUCCCUCUCACCCACUCUCAUACACUCUCAUUCCCUGUCACCCACUCUCAUACGCUCUCAUUCCCUCUCACCCACUCUCAUACGCUCUCAUUCCCUCUCACCCACUCUCAUACGCUCUCAUUCCCUCUCACCCACUCUCAUACGCUCUCAUUCCCUCUCACCCACUCAUACGCUCUUGUUCCCUCUCACCCACUCUCAUACGCUCUCAUUCCCUCCCACCCACACUCAGACGCUCUCAUUCCCUCUCAACCACUCUCAUACCCUCUCAUUCCCUCUCACCCACUCUCAUACGCUCUCAUUCCCUCUAACCCACUCUCAUACGCUCUCAUUCCCUCUCACCCACGCUCAGACGCUCUCAUUCCCUCUCGCCCACUCUCAUACGCUCUCAUUCCCUCUCACCCACUCUCAUACGCUCUCAUUCCCUCUCACCCACUCUCAUACGCUCUCAUUCCCUCUCACCCACUCUCAUACGCUCUCAUUCCCUCUCACCCACCCUCAUACGCUCUCAUUCCCUCUCACCCACUCUCAUACGCUCUCAUUCCCUCUCACACACUCUCAUACGCUCUCAUUCCCUCUCACCCACACUCAUACGCUCUCAUUCCCUCUCACCCACUCUCAUACCCUCUCAUUCCCUCUCACCCACUCUCUUACGCUCUCAUUCCCUCUCACCCACUCUCAUACGCUCUCAUGCCCUCCCACCCACACUCAUACGCUCUCAUUCCCUCUCACCCACUCUCAUACCCUCUCAUUCCCUCUCACCCACUCUCUUACGCUCUCAUUCCCUCUCACCCACUCUCAUACACUCUCAUUCCCUCUAACCCACCCUCAUACGCUCUCAUUCCCUCUCACCCACUCUCAUACGCUCUCAUUCCCUCUCGCCCACUCUCAUACGCUCUCAUUCCCUCUCACCCACUCUCAUACGCUCUCAUUCCCUCUCACCCACUCUCAUACGCUCUCAUUCCCUCUCACCCACUCUCAUACGCUCUCAUUCCCUCUCACCCACUCUCUCAGGCUCUCAUUCCCUCUCACCCACUCUCAUACGCUCUCAUUCCCUCUAACCCACUCUCAUACGCUCUCAUUCUCUCUCACCCACUCUCAUACGCUCUCAUUCCCUCUCACCCACUCUCAUACGCUCUCAUUCCCUCUCACCCACUCUCAUACGCUCUCAUUCCCUCUCACCCACUCUCAUACACUCUAAUUCCCUCUAACCCACUCUCAUACACUCUCAUUCCCUCUCACGCACUCUCAUACGCUCUCAUUCCCUCUCGCCCACUCUCAUACGCUCUCAUUCCCUCUCACCCACUCUCAUACGCUCUCAUUCCCUCUCACCCACUCUCAUACGCUCUCAUUCCCUCUCGCCCACUCUCAUACGCUCUCAUUCCCUCUCACCCACUCUCUCAGGCUCUCAUUCCCUCUCACCCACUCUCAUACGCUCUCACUCCCUCUAACCCACUCUCAUACGCUCUCAUUCUCUCUCACCCACUCUCAUACGCUCUCAUUCCCUCUCACCCACUCUCAUACGCUCUCAUUCCCUCUCACCCACUCUCAUACUCUCUCAUUCCCUCUCACCCACUCUCAUACGCUCUCAUUCCCUCUCACCCACUCUCAUACGAUCUUAUUCCCUCUCACCCACACUCAUACGCUCUCAUUCCCUCUCACCCACUCUCAUACCCUCCCAUUCCCUCUCACCCUCUCUCUUACCCUCUUAUUCCCUCUCACCCACUCUCAUACGCUCUCAUUCCCUCCCACCCACACUCACACGCUCUCAUUCCCUCUCACCCACUCUCAUACCCUCUCAUUCCCUCUAACCCACUCUCAUACGCUCUCAUUCCCUCUCACCCACUCUCAUACGCUCUCAUUCCCUCCCACCCACACUCAUACGCUCUCAUUCUCUCUCACCCACUCUCAUUCGCUCUCAUUCCAUCCCACCCACUCUCUUACGCUCUCAUUCCCUCUCACCCACUCUCAUACACUCUCAUUCCCUCUAACCCACUCUCAUACGCUCUCAUUCCCUCUCACCCACUCUCAUACGCUCUCAUUCCCUCCCACCCACACUCAUACGCUCUCAUUCCCUCUCACCUGCGGAGAUUCACUCUACAACGGUAG